AUGGGGCACAUUCACUUUAUCUCUACCACUACUGUUCAACCUUCGAGCCAAAUUGAUCAGUCUAUUGGUAGAAUUGAGUUAACUCCUUGUGAUCUGCAACUCAUUGUUGUAGAUUACAUCCAAAGGGGCAUUCUCUUCCACAAACCUCAAUCCGAUUACACAAAAGAUCCCAACAAGAGCUUGAUCGAGCAUCUAAAAGCCUCCUUCUCGCGCUCAUUGGACAUCUUUUAUCCCCUUGCUGGCCGUCUUGCCAUAACCGAAAAUGAUCAAGACAACACCACCUCUUUUUCUGUUGACUGCAACGGCGUCGGAGCUGAAUUUGUCCAUGCAGCCGCGGAUGGUGUCACGGUGGCGGAUGUCCUCGACCCUAUUUUGGUUCCCGACGACAUUGUUUACUCAUUCUUUCUGUUGAAUGAUGUUUUGAACUACCAAGGCACGUCCACCCCGUUGCUUGCAGUGCAAAUAACAGAGCUUGCUGAUGGCAUUUUCAUUGGUCUUAGUAUGAAUCACUCAGUUGUUGACGGGACGUCGUUCUGGAACUUCUUCAAUUCUUGGUCCGAAAUCUCUCGUUGUGGGAAAACUUCACAGCCAGUGCCAAUUUUCGGCCGUCAAUUUCUUGAUGGCAUCAUUGAUCUCCCGGUUCGCAUCCCUCACUUUUGGGACCAAAUCCCUGCAGGAAAGAGUAGUUCAUCUUUGCCACCAGUCCUCCUUCAACAAAGAGUGUUCCAUUUUUCUAAAGGAAAAAUUGCCGAAAUCAAAGCAAAAGAAAAUUCUGAAAUGGGGACCAACAAGAUCUCAUCCCUUCAAGCACUUUUGGGUCAUCUUUGGUUGUGCAUAGCACGAACUGAAUGUCUCUGUUCCAGCAGUGACCAAGAGACCAAGUACAAGGUCUUAAUAGGGAUGAGGCAGAGAUUGAAGCCGCCAUUGCUAGACCAAUAUCUCGGAAACACCGUUCUAUUUGGGGUAGUAAAGUCCACGAUAGGCAAUCUGGUUGAGCAAGGGCUAGGGUGGGCGGCUUGGGAAAUGAAUAGGAUGGUUGCUUCGCAGACGGAGCAAGAAGUGAAGAAGUUCUUGGGGGAUUGGAUGGAAAGUCCGCAACUGAUAAGAGUUCAUGGCGUCACAAAUAGGAUAUUGUUGACAGGAAGCUCGCCGAGGUUUAACGUGUAUGGUAAUGAUUUUGGUUGGGGAAAGCCAGUGGCGGUGAGAAGUAGCGCAGGGAACAAGUAUGAUGGGAAGUUGACGGUGUUUCCCGGGGCUGAGGAAGGAAGUAUUGAGUUUGAAGCUUGCCUUACAUGCGAGACACUGCAAGCUCUGGCGGACGAUGCAGAGUUCAUGAAGAGUGUGACCAAGUGA